UCCCAGCAGUCCCUGCAGUAGAGACGUCACCGGCGCCCUUCAGUGCCGGUGAAAGAUGGCGUCCGCUACCCGUUUGAUCCAGGGGCUGCGGAACUGGGCAUCCGGGCGAGACUUGCAGGCGAAACUGCAGCUGCGCUACCAGGAGAUCUCUAAACGAACUCAGCCUCCUCCCAAGCUCCCCGUGGGCCCCAGCCACAGACUCUCCAACAAUUACUACUGUACUCGCGAUGGCCGCCGGGAAGCCAUGCCGCCCUCGCUUGUCAUGUCUUCGCAGAAGGUGCUGGUGGCAGGCAAGCCUGCAGAGAGCUCAGCUGUAGCAGCCUCUGAGAAGAAGGCUGUGUCGCCGGCUCCUCCCAUAAAGAGGUGGGAGCUGUCCCAGGAUGAGCCUUACCUGUGACUUUGGCGGGGGGUGCCAGGCUGAGCCCUCAGGGCCACCAGAGUGGUUCUUUCUCCUUGGACUCCUUGAUUCCCUCCGGGCAGAACAUGACCUCAUUUAUAAAAAUUAUAUAUUGUGCUCCCAAGAA